ACACUCAGUAACAUCGCAACUUUCGAGUAUGCUUGUCGUAUAACAAUCCUCAAAUUUUUAUUAUUAUUAUUAUUUAUUUAUUGCUAAAUAAUUGAGCCAAAUUAAAAAAAAAAUAUCAUCAAACUAUAAUUAGUGGUAUAUAACUUUUCAGUGAAAAAUAUUGUGAUAAUACAUAAAAAUCCUAUAUUCGAGUGAAAAAAUAAAAAAAUUAUAUUUAUCGUUUUUUUUUUAAAUUUUUAUUUUUUAAAUAAAAGGUAAAACAAAAAAAAAGAAAUAACAAAUUUGCCAAAGAGAUGAUGAGAUUUGCUAAAAGAAUGUCGUGAUGCUUACGAGAAGUUCGUCGUCCCGAUGCAGAAAAGCGUCGAGGAAUGCCGGCGUAAAUUCACCUCAGGGUAAUUCAAUAAAUGUACGACGUGCAUCUGUUGCAACUGACAAGAUCAUAAAUACAACAACAGAUAAUAUAAAUAUUAUGGAUCGUCAACGUUCACCCCGUGGUAGCGUUGUACCAAAUAUUGCAUUUAAUGCUGAUGACAAUGAUGAACCAAUUGGACGAAGAAUUCUUCCUGAUCCAGAAAUGUGUACAACACGUGGUUUACUUCCAGAACAAAAUCGUAGUCCAAGAAAUUCAUUAAUACCAGAUGAAUAUUGUAGAAGUCCAAGAGGAUCACUUGUGCCAGAUACUGGUAGAAUACAUCGUGAUAGUUUAUUGCCAGAUGUACCAAGAAGUCCAAGACAUUCUCUUGUACCAAAUCAUCAUCAUCAUCAUCAUCAAGAGCAUCAUGUAUCAUAUAAUAAUCGUAGUCCAAGAAAUAGUAUUGUUCCAGGCACAAGUGGUGGUGGUGGUUUAAAUCAACGUUUAACAUCUGAUAAUAAUAAUAAUAAUAGUUCAACAAGAGGUUCUAGACAUUCAUUAUUUCCAGAGGCAUCAAGAAGUCCACGUGGUAGUAUUGCAAAUAUUGAAUUUGACAAAAGUCCAAGAGGUUCAAUUUGUCCAGAUGUAUCUAGAUCACCAAGAGGUAGUAUUGUACCACCAAAUGAUUAUGAUAAAAGUCCACGUGGUUCAAUAUGCCCAGAAAUGUUGACACGAUCACCAAGAGGUAGUAUUGCACCUGGUUGUAUUGAUAUUGAACGUUCAUCAAUAACAUCAGAAUAUCAUAAUCAAUCACCAAGAGGUUCAAUUAUGCCAGAAAUUAAUAAAUCACCACGUGGAUCAAUAAUACCAGAUACAAAUCGUUCACCGCGAGGUUCAAUAUGUCCAGAGGGUAGUCGUAGUCCAAGAGGUUCACUUGUACCACAUGAUAGCGGUGGUGUAAAUAGAUCUCCAAGGGGUUCAGUUGCUGUACUUGACUUUGACAAGAAUCCUCGUGGUUCAAUUGUAGAACAAGAUGUUGUAUCAAGCCGCAGCCCAAGAGGCAGCAUUGGACCAGAUAUCGAUCGUAGCCCAAGAGGUAGUCUUGGUGGUCAUGAAAAACGUUAUCAUCAAGCUAAUAGUCUCACAUUUCAUGAACCACGAAGAGCAUCUGCAGAUCAAGGCACGUCGGGGAAUCGUAGCAAUUCUCCGUAUCGUCAACGUGAGGUAAAUUCAGCAAACGUGAGAUCCGGAGCAAGUUGUAAUGCGCAAACUAAUUUUGGAUAUGGUACAACAAAUGCCUGGGCUGAUUCAAGACGAGCAAGUAGUUCUGUUUCACAGUUUUCAGGUGAUGAAUCACGAAGACUGUGUAUGAGAAGUGUAAAUUCAACUCAAAAAGGAGUUGAUGGAUCUGGUAGUAUUGCUGUUGCAACUUAUGGCUCACUUGUAUUUCAAUUAAAAGAUGCACAUCGUGAAGCUAAUGGUACAUGUGACUUUGUAUUUCGAGCAAUGCGGGUAGUCAGCAAAACAAUGAUUGUCACAAUUUGUCUAGCCUGUCUCUCGACAAUGCCCGUCAUAAUGCUUAUCAUGGGUUUGCAAUACAUUAAGGAUUGUCCAAAAGAACCUCAUAUACCAGUCUACAUGAUUGUUGGUGGAACACUUGGUGGUGUUAGAAUGUUUUGGGCAUUAUACUCACAAAUACGUUCGAGGAGACUUGAACUAUUGAGCGUGCCAACAGACUCACCCUACAUAUCACCGAUGCAGCUAGUAUCCAUUAUUCUAACGUGUUUUUUAACUGGCUGGUUCGUGCUAGGUAAUUAUUGGAUUUUGAAAAUCAGAUGGCCAGAUUAUGAGGCUAAAAUGUUUGAACCAGAUCACUGGUGUCACAAAACACUCUAUACAUUUUCAAUAAUUCAUUUGGGUAUAAUGUAUGCUGCAAUUGGUGUCAGCAUCAUAACAGCAAUUGUUCUUGCAAUUUGUAGGUUUCUUGCGUGUCCCUGGUUUGAAAGAAAUUAUAGAUAAUAAUAUAUAAGAUGGCAUUAAUAUUAUUGAUGUGAAAAAACUCUAUGCCUAUAUAUUAUAUGUGUAAUUGUAUAUGAUAGAUACAAAUAACCACGGCGAUCAACACGUCUGAGAGAGUGCAUUGAUGAAACAUCUGGUGGUGGUGGUGGUGGUGGUAUUGCAAGACGUCCGAAAAUAAUAUCAUUUGAUGGACAAAUUCUGGAGGAACUCAAUGAAGAGGAUGAAGAUGCUGCUGGUAAUGAUGAUGCUGCUGCUGAUCGUGAUGACGAUGAUGAUAAUGGAAAUGAUAAACAACAUCAAAAUAAUAUUGAUAAUAAAAAUUAUAAUAAAGAUAUGAUUGACACAAGCAAAGAAGUCGUUGUUCAGGAAAUUAAAUUUUGUAGCAGAGUACAAUUUCGUGCACCAGAUAUCAUCGAGUUGUAAUUUAGCUCUAUACUAACUAUGUCACUUGUCUUGGUAAGUCAACAACUGAAAUUAUUUAUUUUUUGUCUUUUGAAAAUUAUAAUUAUGCUCAAUUUUUUUAAUAAUAAUUUAUUUAACAUAUUCAGUUUGAUUAAUAUUUAUAUACAGUGGUAGCGUCCGCGAAUUUUAGAUUCGCUGUAACGAGUCAAUUAGACGUAAAUAAUAUAUUUAUGUCACCAGAAUUUUUUAAACAAGAAAAUAUAUGAAAAAUUAAAGUUAAAAAAAAAAAAUAUAUAUAUAUUAAUUUAAAUUAUUGUGGAGUGUCUCAUGAAUUAAAAAAAAAAAAAAAAAAUAUAUAAUAUAAUAAAUAUAAAAAAAUAUUAAUCAAGUCAAUAGAUAGUCUUAAAAAUAGAUAAUACAUAUUGUGUAGAGAGUAGAGACCCGAGUCACCUGACCAAGCAGUCUUAUCAAAUUUUCAUGGAACAAGUUAAGCUAAUGUUAUACUUGACCUAAAAUAAUAGUCGAUGGCUCUCUUGCUCUCCUUUUCUCAUUGCGUCUUAUUAUUACGCAAUGUAGUAUUUAAAUUAUCAAGUGUAUUGCUGAAAAUACACCCCGUCUGACAACGUCCACAUUUCGCUAAUCUAAAAUUUAUUAUACAGUGUCAUUAUAAAUACUGUAAACUCAUGAGCUACAUGGCUUUUAGGAAAAUAAAAUUUAUAAAUUAAAAAUGUAGGUCUUAUUGGAGACAGGUACAGGUAUAUCAAGGUUUUCUUUUUUUUUUUUUUUUAUAUCUAUUAUUUACAUUUUUUUUUGCCAAUAAAAAAAAAAUAUAUACUAUAAAUGUGCGGGUCCAUUUUAUAUGAAUUCAAUUGAAUUUUAUAUUUUUUUUGCAACGACAUGUAUGCAUUAUAUCUUUGAAAUACUUUGUGGAGUAAAAUAUAUAUAAGUAUAUUUUUCUUUUUUUACUUUCUGAAUUUCAUAUGAAAAAAAAUAUUUUAUUUUUCAAGUUUUUUAAACUUUAACAUCAGCAAAUGGUAUAUAGACUCAAUAAAAUAUCAAAUGUUAGACUAAAACUCUUUAAAUUGAUCAAAUAAAAUUAUUGAAAAUAUCUGCAACGAGGAUAAAUAAUAUAAUAUUUUAGUAAUAAUAAUAACAAAUUAUUAUUUAACUUUGUAGAUUAUAUUAUAGAGUUUAAUUAUUUUUAUAAAAAAAAAAAAAGAAAUAUUAUUAUCAUUUAAAUAUUUUAUUCUGUUGAAAAUUAUUAAAAACAUAAAUAAAUAAUAAAUAAAUGUUUAGAGAAUUUACGCAAUGUUACGCUUAUAAAUAAUAUAUAUUUAAAAUGCAAUAUUUUUUUGCAAAUUGUGUAAUAAAUAAUAAAUAUUUUUAUUGGACUGAAAAGAAAAAAAAUAAAUAAAAUCUCCAUAAUUAAUUUCAUUUAUAUAAUUUAAAUAAAAUUAUAUUCUGUUGAAUUAUUCAAAUGCAAUAUAGCAUUAUUUAUUAAUAAAUAAAAUAAACUCCAAUUUUUCAUAUAUAUAUAUUAGUUUAGUCGAAAUUAUCUCAUGGAUUUCUCUAGCUGGUCGCAAGGCUUUAAUCACAUAUGAUAAAUAAAUAAAUAAAUAGAUAAAUAAAUUAAUCAAAAAAUAGUAAAAGCUCGUUAUAAAUGUUUAUCAAAAAGAAAUUUAUUUGUGUUAAAAUAAUAAAUAAAUAUAUAUGUGUAGAAAAAUUAUAAUAAUUAUGUUGAAAUUUUAAAUCGUCGACCAAAUCUAUAUAGACGUAUAUAUAAUAAUAAAUUUUAUUUGAUAAAACAAAAAAGUUGAUUUUUAAUGAAAAUAAUUAUACUUGAGUUUAUGAAUUAUUCAUGAAAUAUAUUGUAAAAGAUAACAAGGAUUUUUCAGUGUGGCAGUGCCAUAUUGAUUGUUGAGGAUAAAUUAAAUUCCAUUAACAAUAUAAUUAUGUAGAUUAAAUGACAUAAAUGCAUGUGUAAAUAUUAAAUAUAAUAUUAAAAUUAUUACGAAUCCAAAUGUUUUAAAAAGAAAUAUUAUAUUAAAACAAACUUCCCGCGAUGCACAAUAUUAUAUAUUAUACAGAAAUAUUUUAACAUGCGUUAUUGGGUCCAAGCAUUAUUUUUCAAUAUCAUAUAUAAAAAUAUAUAGGACCUUGCAAUAUGCACCAAAAAAUAUUCGCCAAUUCAAUAAACCAAUUUUCACAAAUUUUACAAAGGAAAAAAAAAAAAGCAGGCACUCAAUAUAAUAUAU